CGAUCUUUCAGCCAAAACACCCAUCCUCGUUUUACCCAAAGUGUGUGUCUCAGUGGAUUAGACAAAUCUCCUUCGAUAAGAAUUGUGUCCAAGCAAUUAUUACACCUGAUUAUUCCCGAGAUGUGCUGUCUAUCGCCGAUGGCAUAGACUCUCUCACACUAUGUAUCCUGUGAACAAACGACCCCCAUCCUAUCCAAUUUCCUCCAAAUCCCGCUCCAAAUUGAACAACUUCCGAUACAACGACCAAGAUGAGACGUCCUCAGAAAAACCCUCCCUCAAACCACAAGCCGGAUCAGAACACACGGAUAAGGAAAACCAAAGCUCGUGGUUGAAUGGCGUAGUAGCGCCAGCUCAGCCCGAAUUGGACCAGAGACCAUCUUCGAGCGGAGCCGCAGAAUCGAAAGUUGUCAAGGAAUGUCCCCAAACGCCAGGAAAUCGAAUUCCUUUGGCAGACCUCAUCGGCAAUGUUGAAGACGCCAUCAACCAAGCGCCGGGGCAGGAGUAUACCCCAGAAGACUAUGUCAUCUGGCAACACGUUCCGGCAAGCUCGAACACCGGUACCAUGUCUCAAACACCAGCCACGAACAAAAAGAAGCGCCGCCGGAACUCAUCGCCUGGCAGCUCUCCUCUAGCUGGAAACUCGAAAAGUGCACGGAAGGGUUCGUUUGAUCUACAGUCUUUUCAGGCUGUGUUGAAGACUCCGCAAAAUGACAUCGCGGCCGAUCUGUGGAAUAACUACGUGGGCAAGGCGACAGCCAAUGGCAAUGGAGAAAUACCCCAAAUUCGCUUCCAGAACCUCCUUUCAUCCUCGCCUCAGACACCUGCAACAGGCAGAACGAGUCGGGAUUCUUCUGGGUUGAGACGAGCAACCAGCUGCAAUGUGGAGUGGCCAAGUUCUAAAGCCAAGCGGCGAAAAUUGGACUUUUCUCGGUCAAAAAGCAAUGUCAUCGACGCUGGUACUUCCUCGUCGAAUAUCAAUAGGCUUAUGGAAAGGAUCGAGAAAAGUCUUCGGAAGACUCCCAUGCCGCAAGCUGAUUCAUCGCCAGUACCAAAACGUGAAGAGGUGCGGCGAUCUCGAUCAACCUCCCCAGUGGAACGCAAACAGCCUCUUAAAGAUUUAGGAAGCCCAGGCCAAGAAACUAAGACUGGUGAUAGCUGUAUCCGCCCCAUCGCUACAGAACCAGUGAAAGUAUCUUCGUCCGACUUUGGGGAUGAUGACCUAGACCAAGAUUUUCUUGACCUAGCAGAGGCUGCAAUGGAUCCUUUUGUGGAUUCAGAUGGUGUUAAUGAUGACGAACAAGUCGCUAAACCAAAUGGACUGCCACAUUUGUCUCCAGUUAAGGCGCCGGCCGCGUCCGGUGGACAAGUAAACUCUCAUGUCGAUACAACAAUGGCCGAAAAGAGUGAUUACAAGUAUGAUGCUGAUGAAUUUGAUGACGAUUUUGAGGAAUUCUCGGAUAACAUAGAGGACAUCCUCGCUGAGUGUGAUGGCACUCCAAGCACUAAGUUAGCAAGAUCCGUCUCAAACAACAAUCCAGUUUCUCAACCACUAAGUUCGGGUCAUGAUGCCAAACCCCUCUUUGCUGUUGCUGCGGAUCAAGUCUUUGGAGAUGUAAAGAAUCCCGAGGCAACAUCUUCCGGUGAUGAGUUUGAUGACGAGGAUUUUGAUAUGGAGGCUAUUGAACAGUCUAUGAAGCAAACAGCUGAAGAAAUUUAGGGGUCGAGAGGCCAUCAAACGGUAUUUGAUCAUUGAUAUUGCCGAUUCCACUUAUACUACCCAUAACGGACGCAUCCAGCCAGAACAGGUAUUG